UUUAACCUGAUCAGUCAGAGAUUGUAUUGUGCAUUACUGUGAGAGCGUGGGCUCCAGAGACAAACAUUUGCCUUAAAGGCACUGGAGAUAUGAACACCAUCGACGCGCAGAUCCAUAACAAUAGUAACGCUGCUGUCAACCCUCUCCAGCAACUGCCAAAAAGCGCGCACGAGACACCGGAUAUGGCCGUGUAUUGUGACAACUUCAGUGUUUACCACCAACAGAGUCUACCUGCGGCGCAGAGACCAGCGGGCUACGGCCUGGGGGACUACGCGACCCCAAACCCAUACCUGUGGCUCAAUGGACCCAGUGUCAACUCGUCUUCGUCUUACAUACAUGGCAACAACAACUCCUCAUUCAUCCCUCCAUCUUACGGCUCUCAGAGGCAAUAUCUAACCAACUCCGGGUUCGCUGGUCCGGACCUGGGCUGGCUCUCCAUCGCGAGCCAAGAGGAACUUUUAAAGCUCGUGCGCCCGCCUUACUCGUACUCAGCUCUGAUAGCCAUGGCAAUACAGAACGCGCACGAGAAGAAGUUAACUUUGAGCCAGAUAUAUCAAUAUGUGGCGGAUAAUUUUCCUUUUUAUAAGAAAAGUAAGGCGGGAUGGCAGAACUCCAUCAGGCACAACCUUUCCCUGAAUGACUGCUUUAAAAAAGUUCCGCGGGACGAAGAUGACCCAGGAAAAGGAAACUACUGGACUCUAGACCCCAACUGUGAAAAGAUGUUUGACAACGGCAACUUCCGUAGAAAAAGGAAGCGCAGGUCUGAUUCCAGCACAGGUGUUGCCAACAACACAAAAGCGGAGGAGGAUCGACAUCUCGCAGGGAUCAAGACCACUGACAGCCCUCACCUGACCGGACCCGCAUCUCCUGACACUGAAGCGGCCAGUGACAGACACAAGGGCGCGUCUCCGGCAGGCCCUGCGAGCGCUCCGUGCUUCCACAAUUUCUUCAACAGUAUGUCAGCCUUAAGCUCGUCCUCAGCUCCGACUAGCAGACAGGGCCCUCUGGGGCUGGUAAACGAACUUUCAAGCCGAAAUAUCAGCGCCUUGAGCCCGUACCACGCCAGCUCAGCACCUGAGGCAGGUGGAGCGAGUGAGCUGCAGGACAGCGUGCACGUGAACCGUGGAAUGUACUGUAACUCUUUCACUGGGGGCCAGAGCGCGCAGUUCACCGGACACUUCUACAACAGCUUCAGUGUGAACAGUCUCAUUUACAAUCGAGACGGAACGGAGUUAUAAAUCUGUUAUGAAUUCAGGAUGCGUAUGAUUUUUAAUAAGAAAAACUAUAUAUUAUUUCAACACUGUGUAUGGGCUGCUGAAAUGCGCUAAGCAGAUUCAUUUAACAUUCAUUUAAACGCGACAUUUACGCACUGAGAGCCACCAAAUGAGUGUAAUCUGGUGUUAAACACUGGUCAAAACUUUUUAUUCUGUGAAAAAUCUUUUGACUUAUGCAUUGGAUUUUGAUGUGUUAUUUUAACAUUUCCAUAUUAUGUGUAAAUUUUUUGAUCAUGCACUAAUUUAAAUAGAUUUAUCCGUUUAGUUUGAAUUUAUGAUAGUCUUAAACAAUAGUUUGAUGGAGGGAUUGCCUUGGUAUUCAUGAUUGCCAAGAUUCAGUAUUGACCAAUAUUGAAAUAAGUUCUGUGUCUCCAUUUUUUUUUAUUUCUAUUGUGUAUUUUUGUAAAUGCAGUUGAUUUGUUAUAUACACUUGUUUUUAUCUAUUUAUGUUAAGUUAUGUAUCUUGCAGUGUCCUUUAAAGAGAGGAAUAUGUGGUCUGGUAAGCUAUGAACGGUUAAAAUGAAACUUUUACCUUCAAGGUAAGGUAAUAAGUGAAUAAUCAAAUGUCAUUGUGCUACGAACUCACUUGAUUUUAAAUAAUAUUUCAUAGGUGAUGAUCUUUACACACAGAAAAAAAAGUCACUACAUUUUUACUUUUUCGCAGUUUUUGCAAAAUAUUCAUUUUAAAAUAAAAUAAGAAUUCCAAAUCCGAAUCUAAAUUUAUGCUUGUUUCCCCUCUCAAACAACUCCUGAAUCUAUGGCCUGUAAAUGUCAACUGUGCACAUAAGAUCUAAACUAAAAAAACAACAAUUGCACUUUUAAUAUGACUUUACAAACCUACUGUAUGUUUGACAAAGUUGGCAUUAAUUUAAUUCAAGCGUUAAAAUGACAAAGUAAAAAAAAGCAACAAAAGGCAAAUGUGGAACAUAUUCUAAAAACUAUAUUUACAAACGAAACUUCAACAAACACCUCAGCAUAUAGGCAAUAUAUAUAAAUAACACCAACAUAUAAUUUUCCAGUUUUAUUAAUUUUCAAUUAGACAGCUGUGAAGCAUAUGGACACUGACUCAAACAUUUUCAAGUAAAACAUUUUUAUGAAUUAUUUUAUAUAGAAUAGUGACAAUUUUGUCUUUUUCUUUUAGGUGAAAUUACUUACCCACGCUUUUUUCAAGAACUUGGUAGUUCAAAACAAAAUGAGCAAACUUGUAUAUGAGUAACCUGUAUGACUAAAUAUUCCUGACUCUAACACAGUCGGAGUUGCACAAUGUACAUUUUCAAAUCUCUGAGACUCUCUGGUUAAGUAACAUCAGCAUACUGUCAGUCCUGCGCAGAGCUGGGGUGUAUUUCCAAAUGGCGUUUCUGGGACAAUACAGUACAAGAAACAAAGAAACAUGCACUUAUAACAAAGCUGAGGUUUCUGUCUUAUUACCCAGUGCUACAGAAACAAUACCACCAUUGUUCUGUGAGUACCAGAACGGCUCUUACUAUAUGCUUGUGUGUUAAAAUACCAAAUUUGAUUGCAUACAUCUCUCCAAGUAUAAAAUGAUUUGUCUCAUUGAUAUCUUAAUGAUUUUUACAGUCUUUAAUCUACAAAGACCACAUGUACAGAACAAGUUUUGAUGGCAUUAAAGCACACUGUGAGAUGAAUUAAAAGGGUUUGCCCA